UUUUUUUUUUUUUUCUUUUCCUUUUCCCUUUCCUUUUAUCUACUUUAACUAGCUUUAAUUUACUUUGUUAUUUUACAUAUAAAUCAGAAAGAGCAAAAUAAUAAUAAUAACUGGAAAAUGCCGAAAAUUAACCUGUUUGAAAAUGAAAAUAAUUUAAGCUUCCCUUAUGUAGCUACUAAAAGAAUAAAUUAUUUGGAUUACACAAAUGAAUCUUUACAUAAUUUUAUAAAUCAAUAUUGUAUUGAACAAGGAAAGCCCCUGGUCGUAUUUAAUAUGAAUAAAUCCAUUCAUUGGAAUGACAGUCUUUUUACUUUGGAUCAACUCAAAGACUACCGUGGUGACAUGGAGAUUGAACUUAAAACUACUAGUCCAAAAGAUAAAACACUAAAGACCCGUUUAGGUGAUUUUAUUCAAUCCAUUCAAGAGACCUAUAAAUUACCUUCUUGUACUUCUAAUAGUACCAUCAUUUAUAAAUCAGUCCCAAAAGUUUACAGUCAAGCUUAUGCUAAAGAUGUGAUUUGUCCUACUGAGUAUCGAUCUGCUAUAGAACAAAUCAUACCUAGUUAUCUUUUACCUCAUGGUAGUCAUGAUCUCUUUUCUUCUUUACCAAGUCGUUUUCAAGCUGAACAUAUUAUGUGUUAUCUUGGACAAGAUAAGACGGGUACUCCUCUUCAUCGUGAUUUAUGUGGUACAAUGGGUCAUAACUUGAUGACCAUGGCCUCCUCCUCUCCUGAUGGUUACGCUGAGUGGUUCAUUAUAGAAAAUAAAUACCGACAUGCUUUAGCUGAAGUUCUGAAACCUACCGUCUUUGAAAAUAAGCGCACAGAUCGUACUGAUCGUAUAUGUAAGACAAAUCCCAGUAAAAGGAAAAGAAAACGAUCUAGAGAACAACCAUGUGCUUCUUCUAGUACAAGGAGUUCAUUUAUGGAAAGUGAUCGUGCUUGGCUAACUCAUUAUCUUAUUAAAAAGGCCCAGGCGGUAGUCGUGAACGUGAUUGUCCAGAGGCCCGGCGAUCUGGUCAUCAUUCCUAGUCGUGCUUAUCAUCAAGUAAGGAAUGCGGGGGUCUCGGUCAAGAUCGCAUGGAAUCGAAUCACUCCUCAGACUUUAACUUAUGCCUUUGAGGAUCAAUUACCGUUGUAUAGAAUCAUUAACCGUCCCGAGGUCUAUAAAUGCAAAGCAAUCGUGGCCAUUACGUUAAAGAAAUGGAACAAGCAACUUGAAAAGUUCAUAAAGCAUCAGUCCUCUCUCUUUCAGCAUAGUUCAUUGAUCGAGAUCAAACUGUUACUCCACUUACUCUUACAUCACCUAAUUGAGCCUGAACUCCUCUAUCCUGCUGCUACUACUGCUACUACUGCUGCUACUGCUGCUACUGCUGCUAUUACUGCUUCUGCUGCUGAUCUCCCUACUGACCCACCAGAGGAUACAUUGACGAUCGUAUGUGAUUUUUGUCAUGGUGAUAUCUUUCAUCGUUAUUAUCAUUGCGAAAGAUGUGACGAUCAUUAUGAUUUAUGUAUGGAUUGUUAUGCCCUUGGUCGUGCUUGUGAACAUGUAAAUGACAUGAGAAUGAGACAAAGUGCGGAUGAUAUGUAUCAAUAUGUCAAACUCUAUCAAGAUUUAGUGAAAAAUGUAAAUACUUUACAUCCCGAAACUAUCAAAGUUGGACUAGAAGAUGACAUACUAUCAAAAUCAUCAGAUACAGCUAAUAAUUUAGCUACGACAUGUAGACGUCUAGAGUUACAUAGGAGAGAUGCUGGUACUCGAUAUAAUUAUUUAAAGUGCAGUCAUUGUAACAAGUCUGUUCAUAUCUCUACCUUGGGUCAACAAGGUAUUAGUCUCUCUUCUAUCUUUAGACGUGGUCCCUGUCGUUCAUUUAAUAAUAGUCAUUCAUCAAUGAAAAAUGUAUUUGUAUGUAAUACAUGUACAAAUCGAUGUCAUGAAUGUUGGCCAUUAGAGAAAAAACUAGGCUCCCUUGAAGACUUUGAUUUAGUUUAUUAUCAUCAUCCUGCACAUGAUUCUCGUAAUCGAGGAGGUUUCAUUGAUUACACGAUUGAAAGGACUUGCGAUCAGAGAGUAGCAGCAUCUCAGUUAAAAAAAAGAAAAAAAAAAAAAAAAGAAAAACCAAGCAUGUUUAAAAUAAUAGAAUGAUGUCGAUCAUUUAUUCCAUAUACCUGUCUUGUUUUUUUUUGUUCGUUUGUCAUCUCCUUUUAUCUUUCUUUAAAGUAUUAAGCUAUUAUUGAACAUAAUACACACAUAUACAUUUAUAUUAUUAUUAUUAAAAAAAAACAUGCUUUUCUUGUUGUUGUU